AUGCGCCAGCGCGCUGCAAUGCACCCACCCGCCUUAAGCAGCGAGCGUCCCAGGCGUGUUCACGCGCUCUCUCACGCGCUCUCUCACGCGCACUCUCAUGCACUCUCUCACGCGUCUCACUUGCUCUCUCACUUGCUCUCUCACGCGUCUCACGCGCUCUCUCACGCGCUCCCUCACGCGCUCUCUCUCACGCACUCACUCACGCGCUCUCUCACGCGCUCUGUCGCGCGCAUCACGCGCACUCUCACGUGCACUAUCACGCGCACGCGCUCUCUCACGCGCAUGCGCUCUCUCACUCGCACGCGCACUCUCACUCGCACGCGCUCUCUCACGCACACACGCUCUCUUACGCGCAUGCGCUCUCUCACACGCUCUCUCACGCGCACUCUCACGAGCACUCUCACACGCUCUCUCACGCGCUCUCUCACGCGCUCUCCCACGUGCUCUCUCACGUGCUCUCUCUCACGCACUCACUCACGCGCUCUCUCACGCGCUCUCUCACGCGCACUCUCACUCGCACUCUCACGCGCACUCUCACGUGCACUCUCACGCGCACGAGCUCUCUCACGCGCACGCGCUCUCUCACGCGCAUGCGCUCUCUCACGCGCUCUCUCACCACUCUCUCACGCGCUCUCUCACCACUCUCUCACGCGCUCUCUCACGCGCUCUCUCACGAACACUCUCACGCGCAUGCGCCCUCUCACACGCACUCUCACGAGCACUCUCACGCGCACGCGCUCUCUCACGCGCUCCCUCACGCACUCUCUCACGCGCUCUCUCACGCUCUCCCUCACGCGCACUCUCACGCGCGCUCUCACGCGCACUCUCACGCGCGCUCUCCUGCGUGUUCGCUCCCGUGUACAUGCUCUCCCUCGCGCUCCGUCUCUCCCCUUCUUCGAAUGA